AUGGCUAAAAUCUCACAAGACGUUUCAUCAUCAAGAUCAAAAGCUAGAAAAGCUCACUUUUCAUCAUCAUCAGUUGAAAGAAGAGCCAUUAUGUCAGCUCCAUUAUCAAAAGAAUUAAAAUCAAAAUAUAAUAUUAAAUCAUUACCAAUUAGACAAAAUGAUGAAGUUUUAAUUGUUAGAGGUUCAAAAAAAGGUUCAGAAGGUAAAGUUAAUUCAGUAUAUAGAUUAAAAUUUUCAAUUCAAUUAGAUAAAUUACAAAAAGAAAAAUCAAAUGGUGCUUCAGUUCCAAUCAAUGUUAAUCCUUCAAAAGUUGUUAUUACUAAAUUACAUUUAGAUAAAGACAGAAAAGCAUUAAUUGAAAGAAAAGGUGGUAAAUCAGAAUAA